AUGUUCUUGGACUUUAUUAAGCAUUUGACACUCUCUUGCAGUUUGCUAUCAUCUUCAAAAGAUUAUUCUCAUUUAGUCAAUCUCAAUUUGAUUUUUGUUGAGGUGAAUGAUUUUUAUCUUGGCUAUGAAGGAUUAGAUUGGUAAAGCAAUAUAGAAAAUUCAGAUUAGAUACUGAAAGGUGAUGAUUAUUCAUUAAAUAUGUACAGAGGUUUACAAUAGGAUAGGCUUUUGUAUUAAAAUUUUGGAAGAGAUAACUUACUUUUCUACUACAAAAAGGGGGUUUAUGACUAGGAUGAUCUUCAUCAAUUACUAGAGUUAUUUUAGAACAUUUAUAGAACUUAAGGUACAUUUAUUAGAGUGUAUUAUGGAGCUAUUAAGAAUUAAUAUACAUUAGAAGAAACCAUAUUCAAGUAUUGGUAUGAAAAGCCUAAAGAUAUAACUUUUAGUGGAUCAUUUGAGUAGCUCAAUGAUAUAGAACUUUCAUUAAUCAUUGAUGCUUUUCAUGUAUGGAGAGAUGAUUUGAUCAUUAGAAAUCAUUUUUCCUUUACAAGUCCUAACAUCAUGGAAUUUAAGAAUGAAUUUUUAGAGCUAUUAAACAUGCCAUAAGGAAAAGAUUUUAUAGUCUAUUUGUACUCAGAUGAUUGUGGGAUUAAAUGCAAAAAUACUCAUCUGUUUUAUAAUUAAUUAGCUGAUCAUAUCAGUAAUGUCAGAGAUGUUAAAGUUGCUCAUACAGAUAUGACUUCUUCUAUUUUUUGGGGAAUAUGGCCUUAUGGACUGCCAUAUUGCCGAUUUUACUCUCAUUUAAUCCGAAAUAACUUUGAAUACAUCUAUGAGCCAUACAAAGUAGAGGAUUAUGUCAAGUUUUUGAAGAAAAAGUCAAUUCUUUUUCUAAAGUAUAUGAAUGCUAAGGAUAGAUAGAAAGCAGCACCAAUGACUAUUUAAUAAAUUGAAAGAGACUGGUAUGUCAGACAUUGUAUCAAUCAUGAGAGUAAUCCAAAACUCAUGAUGCAAUAUUUAUUAUACCAUAUCACGGACUAUGACAAUGUCCUAGAUUUAUAUCUGUAAGAAAAAGUGAACCAAGAGAGGAUAGGAUAUAAUAUCUACCAACUAUCAACUCAUAAAGAAAUCGAGUAUAAGUAUCCUUUCUUUUAAGUAGUAGUAAAAGGAACAGGGGGCUUGAUGAAAGUUGCACUAGUUGGAGCUCCCUUAUAUAAAGAUUAAAGAGAAAAGUUUUAUCAGCUUCAAUUGGAUGGAUAUAUGAUAAUUGGAAUUUAAUCGUACAGAAGCUUUCCAAUCUUUAAUUAAUGGGAGCAUGAUACUGAUAGUAGAAUUGCUGCUAAUGAUAGAGAAUUCUAGGAAAUCAUGAAGUACUUUUCAGGAUGGUUGCAUAACAUGAGAGAACCGGCGAAGCACUUGCCAGUUUACAUUCCUAGAAUGUUGUUUGCUGAGUCAGAUCUAUAAUUAUUUAUGACUGAAUCACACUAUCCUGAUGGUACUGAUAUAGAAAAUAAGAAAUAUGAUGUUAUGUUUAUGAAUGCUGGCAAUACUUCCUGGCAUUCAGAUGUUAAGAACUGGACGCUAGCUGUUGAUUGCUUUAGAGAAAUUAUUGCUAAGACUGACAUGAACAUUUAAUUAGUUGGAAGGGAGGCUCCUGAAGACUUGAAAGAUCGUAUUAAUGUGCAUACUUUUAUGGGUUUCAAGGAAUUUCUAGGGGUUUUAGGUGAAACAGACAUUUUACUAAUCCCAAGUAUUUCUGAUGCCUCUCCGAGAAUUCUCACUUAAGCUUUGUCAAUUAAUACUGCAGUCAUAGUCAAUAAAGAUAUUGUUGGUGGAUGGAAGUAUAUUAAUGAGUAAACUGGAGCAUUCUUCUCAACAAAAGAAGAAAUCGUCGAUGUGAUUAACCUGGUCAAAGAAAGAAGAAGAAAAGGAAUCUUAAGGCCCAAAGCUUGGUUUUAAGAGUAUUCGACACAUAUUCAUUAGAAGUUUGAAGUUUUUGUUGAGAAUUUGCGAAUGAUGAAUUUCUAUGAUAGAGAUAUUAAUGGUUAUCCUUUCGAAACAGCACUCUGA